AUGGCCCAGAAAGAUUUUCUGACAAGCUCCCAGAAAGCUGCCAAAACCCUCGCUGCGAGGAACAUCUCUCUCCUCCGCAAAACCCACCUAACCACCCUCUGUCUCCACGUCGUAUUCCUCCUCCUGCACUUCCUCUUCAACCGGCCGCGUUCCCUCGUUCCCUAUGCUAUCUUUACACUCCCUACUCUCCUUAUAGAAUUCUACUUUGAACGCCUCGGCCGUCCGCGAUACAGCCCUGGUGACAACUCGCUCCGAUCUCCUGGCGAAGACCUCGAUGCUUCCGGCCUAACUGAGUAUCUUUGGGACGUUCUCUACUGGACGUGGGGAUGUAUGGGCGCUGUGUGCGUUUUCAGUGACAGGGCAUGGUGGCUGUGGAUCGUAGUCCCAUUGUAUUCUAUGUGGUUGGCAUAUACGACCUUUAUCGGUGUAAGGAAAGGAUUUGCUGGCAUGGGAAUGGAUGGCAAUGAAUCGGUCCCAGUGGCAGAGAGUAAAAGGCAGAAAAAGUUGGAAAAGAGGGGGCAACGCGUAAAGUACCGCUAG